CGCUUGCAGGAAAUUUGACAAAUGUUUGCGUGUUAGGUGUCUUCGCCGGGGGUUGAAAGGGUCGUUAGGAUCCCAGAAGAUCUCAAUCGGUUCAAGGAUCGCCCAAUGCACGUAAAGUAUACGAUGACCAAAGGGGUUGAAGGUUGCCCACCUACUGAAUGUGAUGGUGUGUUCAGGCUCGUGUCAUUUGAUACGGGAAACAAUGUGUGCACCUGGGGACUUGCAGAUGCAAGGGUCAACCGUGAAAAAGCAGGGAAAGGAAGACCACUCAGCAAGAAGCAAAAGGAAUGGCGUCUGGACACUCCACUUGAUACUCUCAUAAUGGUCCGAUUGCAUUCUGAGUUUUGACGCGUUCCCUUUUCUGUGUAAGUUCAGCAUCAAUUGUUAGCAUAUUUUAUACCCCACUUGUUUGAUAACCGUGAAGCAAUAUCUCUCUAUUUUAACGUUCUUGGAGUGAUGUUGUACGUUGAAUCAAUCUUCUGUGGUUUG